CGCCGUCAGUCAGUCCGAUCGUAAAGGUUGAGCAAGUUGUGCGCGUUACUCUGCUUUCCCGAGAGGGUGUCUGCGAAUUACACUCCCAAUCGCUUUAUAUGGUUGUUGCCUAAAUCGGACAUUGCUUUCGAUUUUCUUUGGCUGUUGAGUUACGGGUUUUUGAACCGAAUUGUGCGUUUUACUUCCAAUCAAGUGUGUCGUUGGAAACUCGACUGUGUUUCGCGUGUGACGUUUCUUAUCGUGUGUUUAUUAUCGGACGCGACAACUCGUUACGUAGUGGCAAGAUGGCAAAUUCAGCAAACCGAAACGGAGGCGGUCUCCCCAACGGCAGUGGUCCUCACGAAACUUUGGACGGCGAGGAAGCAUUGGCCAUUAUCCGACGGAACUUGAAAUCGAGCGCCAUGGAUGACGAGGGAACGCAUUUCGAUUCCAACAUUCCGCAUGUCUUUGUCGUGCUUGGGGCAUCUGGUGACUUGGCAAAAAAGAAAAUCUACCCAACCUUGUGGUGGUUGUACCGGGACAAUUUGCUGCCAACGGUGACCAAAUUCGUGGGCUACGCUCGCAGUAAACUGUCGGUGGUAGAGUUAAAGGAGAAAUGUCGGAUCUAUAUGAAGGUUGAACCGGAUCAGCAGGAAAGAUUCGAGCAGUUUUGGGCGUUGAAUUUCUACGUCGCCGGCAACUACGACAGUCGGCGUGAUUUCGAGCUGCUCAAUCAGGAGCUGUGCAAAUUUGAGGUUGGUAAGACGGCCAAUCGGCUGUUCUAUCUGGCGUUGCCCCCGUCAGUCUUUGAAUCCGUUACUGUUCACAUCAGGAACACUUGUAUGGGACUGAAGGGUUGGAAUCGAAUCAUCGUGGAGAAACCCUUCGGUCGCGAUGCGGAUAGCUCAAACGCACUUAGUUCACAUUUGUCAAAAUUAUUCACCGAAGAUCAACUGUACCGAAUCGAUCACUAUUUGGGAAAGGAGAUGGUUCAGAACCUGAUGACGAUUCGGUUUGGUAACCAGAUAUUCAGCCCAACUUGGAAUCGAAAUAACGUGGCGUCGGUGCUGAUUUCGUUCAAAGAGCCAUUCGGCACCCAAGGACGAGGUGGAUAUUUUGAUGAUUUUGGAAUCAUUCGAGAUGUCAUGCAGAAUCAUCUGUUGCAGAUUUUAUCGCUGGUUGCCAUGGAGAAACCUGCCACUUGUCAUCCGGAUGACAUUCGUAACGAAAAGGUGAAAGUGCUGAAGAGCAUGGAAUCGCUUACUAUCGAUGACGUUGUACUAGGACAAUAUAUAGCCAAUCCGAACGGUAAAGAUGACGAUUCCCGAAUGGGCUAUCUAGAUGACCCGACUGUUCCUAACGAUUCAGUAACCCCAACAUUUGCGCUUGCUGUACUUAAAAUUACCAACGAACGCUGGGACGGCGUCCCAUUCAUCCUAAGAUGUGGAAAAGCCUUAAAUGAGCGAAAGGCUGAAGUUCGCAUUCAGUAUCAGGAUGUUCCUGGAGAUAUUUUUGAUGGAAAACCUAAACGUAAUGAGUUGGUGAUUCGUGUUCAGCCAGGCGAAGCAUUGUACGUGAAGAUGAUGACCAAAUCGCCCGGUAUCACCUUCGACAUGGAAGAAACCGAGUUGGAUCUUACGUACAACCAUCGUUAUCAGGAUGUUAAGCUACCUGACGCCUACGAACGGUUGAUUUUGGAUGUUUUCUGUGGAUCCCAGAUGCACUUUGUGCGAUCGGAUGAACUCGGCGAAGCCUGGCGAAUUUUCACCCCUCUAUUGCACUACAUCGAACGGGAACGUCCGGAACCGAUCAAGUACGUACAUGGAUCACGCGGUCCCAAGGAAGCCGAUCGCAAAUGUGACGAGAAUAACUUCAAGUACUACGGAUCGUACAAGUGGCACCGAAAGCACUGAACACGAACGGAUAUGGCUUAACCUAUGGUUGCCGUUUUACCUUUGUUGCCGUUGAAACUCAUUUAUUAUUUAUUAAACUCAUUUGAUCUUUCAUCCGCUGUAUACAAAAGCAAACGCUCAGUACUCCCUUGACGGGAUCUACGCAAACACCGAAGGGUUUCAUUUUGGACUUUCACCUCAUUUAAUGUUAUGAUUUCGAUCGGAGGCAUUUUGAAAAUGUUUAGUUUUGUUUAACAAAAAAAAGUUCCCUAAUAAAACAUUCCUGAACGAUUUUUUGAGAGAAAAAAAAAACUGGAAUCUGCGAUUGUAUAGUUUGGGAAAACGCUUUCUUGUUGUGCAAUCUGCUUGCCGCGUUCGCCGAAUACAUGUGACGGGAUGUCACGCAUGCGUUGUACUAAGGUCAGCAGCACCUUAUUGUUUGGGUUCAGGUUAGUCUGCAAACAUCAAUUGCUGCUGUCAAUGAGCGCCGUGUGCAGCAUCCGGUUAGCAUCCUCCUCUGCUCAAUCGAUAAACAGAUUUCGCAAGUUUAAGUUUGCUCUAGCAAUUGUGUCACAUUAGGCAGAUUCUUCACCCUGAUGCCUCCGACAAUUCAUCGGAUAGCUGCAAUACUAGCACUCUUUAGUUCUACGUUUAUCGGUGGUGAUGCCGCCUUAGUGGAAAUCCCGCAGCAGGCUUUUCGCAUCACUCCUAACGAUGUGGAAGCCCGUAUCGGCGAGGAAGUAGUACUGCGCUGUGAGGUGGAGCACCUCGCCGGACAGGUCCAGUGGGUGAAGGAUGGAUUCGCGCUGGGAUUCAGUAACGCAAUUGUUGGCUUUCCUCGGUUUUCACUGAAUCAAAACCAUAGCGAUGGCGUUUACAACCUUCGCAUCACCAACGCAACCCUGGACGAUGCUGCCAACUACCAGUGCCAGGUUGGUCCUGCGAAGCAUAAUCGCCCAAUCAGGGCAGCAGCGAAACUGACCGUCCUCGGUUCGAUGAAGAAUCGCCGUGGAAUGCAUCAUCGAAAUUGAACUAUUUAAUUAUCCGUCCAUCCGAAGGUCCUGGUCCUACUGUCAUGCAAAUGAUCAACCAAGUCAACAGCUCGAAAAAAUAUCCAGGAUUCCUUCUUUUGAAACGUGACCAACCGUAGGACUUGAAUUUAAUAUAACUGAAAGCUUUGAAUUACUUACAUAUCAACAUAUCAUGUCGUCCAACCAGUGAAAAGUUCACGCGCGUAUUUAUAUUGCAAAUAAAAAUUUAAUUGCAUUUUUUUGGUUAUCAACAGUCCGAUAAUCGGAUGCAUAAAAA